AAAAAUUUCCCCGCGCGAGGUGCUGCGUUUCGUUUCGGCGCAUCAAAAACACAAAAAAAAAAUUCACUGCCGCCGGGAAAAUUCGCGAAAUAAUCUUCGGUUUUUUUUGUGAAAAAAAUUACUAAAAUAUUGUCAUCACAUUUUCGAAGCAAUGUGCGGUUGAACAAUAGGCGACAACAACAAAUCGUGCCACCCCAGACAGCCAGUGUGCAAGAGCGUGAGAGGUGGUCGUGCGUCCCUCUCUAACACACUCACAACAUUACACCGCCGACGACGCGUACGCAACAAACGAAAAUAAAACGCAAGCGAAAAGGAGAGAGAACGAACAAAUAACGCCCACCGUAACACCCCCCGCGAAGAAGAAGCAGAUAAAGACGAAGAAGCAGCAGCAGAAGCAGACGGCAGAAUUGGAGCUUUGCGCAGAAAUCGAUUUUUUGCCCAUUUUAAGAGAUUUUCGGUAGCCUCUCCCACUGCCGAAAUUCGUGAAUCGCCCCUGCGUGCGUGUGUGUGUGCCAGUGCGAAAGUGAAAAGAUUAAAAUUAUAUAGACCCGGGGUGCGUGGUUUAACAAAAAAAAGUAGUAGUGAGUGAGUCACAAAUAACAAAAAAAAAGAAAAAUUAAUUCAGCAGCAGCUUUAGCUUUUUAGCUGCUGGCAUUGAAGAGGUGCUCUGCCGCAGUCGACGUCGCUGCCGCCGCUCCGUGUGCCUCUCUCACUCUCUUUCUCGGAGCGAAAUAACACCACACACAAAAACAUAUAUUAUUAUAGUAAUAUUAACCAAAACGCCAGCUAAAGUGCCAGUUAAGAUAAAAUUAUAUACUAAAAGAAACCGAGAAGAGAGAGCUGCCAAGCCAAAAGCGAAAAAUCAAUAAAAGGUCUCUCUCUCUCUUGCAAAAGUGGGAAAAACGUGCAAACAAGUUAAAAAGCAAACCUGCAAAAAGCAAAAGGAAAACUCCGCGCGCGUUUACACGUGUGGUUUAUGUGUGUGCGUGUUAACGUUUAACUGCUAAUCGCAAAAACGCAAUCUGCGAAAACCGCGUAACAAAAGCUUACGUAAAUCUUGGGGGAAAAAACGCCAAUAACAACGAAGCAUAAAGUAUCAAGACGCAAGAGAGAUACUAAAACUAACUACCAAAUUACAUAAAAACUAAAAAAAAAACCCUAAAAUCAGAAACCCCACAAAUCAAAAACCCCGUCAAACCCAGUAUAAUACCCCGUCACAAAGAUGACUAAAGACAGAUUAGCCGCUCUCCAUGCCGCCCAAUCCGAUGACGAGGAGGAGACGGAGGUGGCCGUCAAUGUGGAUGGCCAUGAUUCCUACAUGGACGACUUCUUCGCCCAGGUGGAGGAGAUCCGUGGGAUGAUCGACAAGGUGCAGGACAACGUCGAGGAGGUGAAGAAGAAGCACUCGGCCAUCCUGUCCGCCCCGCAAACGGACGAGAAGACCAAGCAGGAGCUGGAGGAUCUGAUGGCCGACAUCAAGAAGAACGCCAAUCGGGUGCGGGGCAAGCUCAAGGGCAUCGAGCAGAAUAUCGAGCAGGAGGAGCAGCAGAACAAGUCGUCGGCGGACCUGAGGAUUCGAAAGACGCAGCACUCGACGUUGUCGCGUAAAUUCGUCGAGGUGAUGACCGAGUACAAUCGCACGCAGACCGACUACCGGGAGCGCUGCAAGGGAAGGAUACAGCGUCAGCUGGAGAUCACCGGACGGCCGACCAACGACGAUGAGCUGGAGAAGAUGCUGGAGGAAGGCAACUCGUCGGUGUUUACGCAGGGCAUCAUUAUGGAGACGCAGCAGGCCAAACAGACGCUGGCGGACAUCGAGGCCCGGCACCAGGACAUCAUGAAGCUGGAGACGUCAAUCAAGGAGCUGCACGACAUGUUCAUGGACAUGGCCAUGCUGGUGGAGUCGCAGGGCGAGAUGAUCGAUCGCAUUGAGUACCAUGUGGAGCACGCUAUGGACUAUGUGCAGACGGCAACUCAGGACACCAAGAAGGCGCUCAAGUACCAGAGUAAAGCCCGACGAAAGAAGAUCAUGAUACUGAUCUGCCUUACUGUGCUGGGCAUCUUAGCGGCCUCAUAUGUUAGCAGUUAUUUCAUAAUCCAAGCAAACAAGUAGCAUGCUCAUCAAGGCCUAUAAAAUGCAUAAUCUACACAUAUUUUGUAGUACAAUCCAGACAAUGCAAAAUUAUUAUAAUAAUAAAUAACAGAACGUAAUGUGUA